CCCUACGCCCGCAUAACGUUCGGCUUAGAUAUCGCACGUAGGCACGUGUGGAGGAAAUUAUACUCGCGCGAGUUCGCUUCCCAUACUCCAACGGACAGCGCGCGAUUCAGUUACUCGCGGGAACCGCCUUACCGAAUUGGGGUAAAUCUGUCUUUUCUGAAAAAUAGAAACCUAUAAAUUUCCAAUUUCUCGUAUUUUGUCAAUCUUUCUGUCUGAGACUCGGCCAAACGCUCUCCGUUGGUCAGCCCUCCAUUUCUCUCUGCGAUCUUUCUAGGGUUUCUUAAGCCUCUCAAAAACCUAUCUCUCUUCCAUUUCUAGGGUUUUUUGUUUUUUCAUUGACAUGGCGGUGAAUCUCACGGCCAAUGCGAUCGCAGCCAUUGAAGGCGGCGACGUGAAUCUGAAGCCGCUUGUCCAGGUCUUGGAGAUCAAGGCGAUUGGGAACUCCCAGGACCGGUACCGGAUCGUCAUAUCCGACGGCAUCUCAACGCAGCAGGCGAUGCUCGCGGCCCAGCUCAGCGACCGCGUGAAAGGCGGGAAGCUGCAGAAGGGAUCCGUCAUUCAGUUGCUCGAUUACAUCUGCAGCAUCAUUCAAAAUCGAAAGAUUAUCGUUGUUUUGAACUUGGAGACUAUAAUUGCAGAUUGUGAUAUCAUCGGGAAUCCAAAACUUCCCAUGCAGUCAGAGUCGCCUCAAAAAGCUCUGUCUCGUGACAACUCAGAAUGCCUAAGAGGAGAAUUGUUUAAUGGUGUAUCCGGGUCUGUUCCUAAGUCAAGGAAUAACUCUAAUGCAGCAUCAAAUCCUGCUAACAAGAUGCAGAGCUUUCGCCCAACCGUUCAACCUUCCUACCAGCCUCCUCCGAACUACAAAAAUCAUGGAGCAAUCAUAAAGAACGAAGCUCCUGCUCGAAUAAUCCCCAUUGCUGCUUUGAAUCCUUAUCAGGGGCGGUGGGCAAUCAAGGCGAGAGUGACCGCGAAAGGAGAUCUCCGGCGCUACAACAAUGCUAGGGGAGAUGGUAAGGUCUUUUCCUUCGACCUCCUCGAUGCUGAUGGGGGAGAAAUACGAGUGACCUGUUUCAAUUCCAUUGUCGACCGAUUCUAUGAUUCUGUCGAGGUAGGUAGGGUUUACUUGAUAUCAAAGGGAAGCUUAAAACCAGCACAGAAAAAUUUCAACCAUCUUAACAAUGAGUGGGAAAUAUUUUUGGAAUCAACAUCGACAGUGGAUAUUUGCCCUGAUGAAGACAGCUCAAUACCGAAGCAGCAGUUUUCCUUCAGACCCAUCAAUGAAAUUGAGCACACGGAGAACAAUUCCAUUGUGGAUAUGAUUGGCAUUGUAAUAUCUGUUAAUCCAUCGGUUACUAUAUUGAGAAAGAAUGGUAUGGAAACUCUGAGAAGAAUUUUGAAUCUGAAGGAUGAGUCUGGCCGGAGCAUUGAGCUCACCCUCUGGGGUGAUUUUUGCAACAAGGAAGGUCGGGAGCUGCAGGAGCUGCUCGAUUCCAGGUUUUUCCCAGUUUUGGCUGUGAAAGCUGGUAAGGUAAAUGACUUCAGUGGGAAAUCAGUUGGGACGAUUUCCUCCACCCAGCUUUUCUUAAAUCCAGAUUUUCCUGAAGCUCAUAGCCUCAGAGAUUGGUUCGAUAGAGUAGGAAAGAAUGCUUCUGCUCAGUCCAUCUCCAGAGAUAUCCCCGGUGGGCCACGGAAUGAGAUCCGUAAAACAGUAUCGCAAAUCAAAGAUGAAGGCCUUGGGAGGGCGGAUAAGCCCGAUUGGGUUACAGUGAAGGCGACGAUUUCAUUCAUAAAGACGGAUAACUUCUGUUACACAGCAUGUCCUUUGAUGGUUGGGGAUAGACAGUGUGGCAAGAAGGUGAUGAGGUCGGGAAAUGGAAACUGGCACUGUGAAAGGUGCGAUCAGGAUAUUCAGGAAUGUGAAUAUCGGUAUCUGCUUCAGGCGCAAGUUCAAGACCAUACGGGACUGACUUGGGUGACAGCAUUUCAGGAGUCAGGGGAGGAGAUCUUGGGUUGCUCGGCAAAGGAAUUGUAUUUGUUGAAACACAUAGAAGAAGAUGAUAUCAGGUUUGGCGAGGUUGUCCGCGGCAGUCUCUUCAAGCAGUAUCUUUUCCGGCUUAAAAUUAAAGAGGAAACGUAUGGCGAUGAGCAACGGGUGAAAAUCACCGUCGUGAAGGCGGAUAAGGUGAAUUUUUCUGUGGAGAGCAGAUAUCUACUCGAUUUGAUUUCAAGAACUUCCCUCUAGGGCACUGGAGGUGUUGUAGUUUACAUGGUGGGGGCAUUGGAAUUAGAAAUGCCGACGGUGCAGAUUGUGAUUGAAUUGACUGACAAUUCUUUCAAUAAACGUCACAGAUUCAAUCUGACCAAACACCUUAAGGUGUUGUUAGUUGUAUGUAACUCUGGUAGUAGAUAUAUUGAUUGUAUUUGAUUCGAAUUUCGAUUUCUUCUCAAAGAGAAGUGUCGGUCCUUGUUUGGGUAAUUUCAGAGUUUGAAUGGGAUACUUAAAAUAAGAAAGUCGUAAA